AUGUCUUUACAGAAUGCUUCAAUCAAAGUGGCACACUUUAUUAUAGGUGGAUUUGACACAGUCAGAAAACCUAUUGUAAUUGGUGCAGUUAUACUGGUAACCUAUCUUCUUGCUCUUUUUGCUAAUAUGGCAAAUAUCAUGUUUAUUAUUUCUGACAAGAGAUUACAUAAACCAAUGUAUCUUCUCAUUUGCAACCUUGCUGUUGUUGAUAUACUGUACACCUCCAGUUCCAGCCCAACAAUGAUUGGGGUUCUCCUUGCUGGUGUUAACACCAUAUCCUAUGUGGAGUGUUUAAUUCAAAUGUGCAUUUUUCAUUUGGGAGCAGGGAUGGAGUCAUUUGUUUUAGCAGUUAUGGGAUUUGAUCGAUUAAUUGCUAUAAUUUAUCCUUUCCACUAUCGUAGUUAUUUAACAAAUACACGUACCCUUGUUCUUACCUACUUCCUGUGGAUUGUAGGUUGGUGUUUUGUGUCUUUUAUACCUGCAACAGUUGUUCCUCUCCCUCACUGCACCUCAAGGCUGAAGUACGCUUUCUGUGACUAUGCUGCUGUAAUACGAACCACUUGUGUUGACCCUGAGAUGUAUUUCAAUUUUGCUGCCACUAUUGCAUUUAUCAUUUUAUUCAGCACUUUCAUUUUAAUUUGUCUUUCAUAUUGUGGGAUCUUCUGUUUUGUAAAAUUAUCUUCAAGAAACGAAAAAAGGAAAAUGUGGAGCACUGUUGUAAGUCACUUGAUUUGUGUAAUCAUUCAUUACUGUCCUGCAUUUAUUCACAUGGUCUUAACCAGGUUUGGUGUGGUAUUAACUCUUGAGGAACGCCAGGGUUUAUUAAUUGGGGCUGUCAUCAGUCCAUGUCUUGUAAAUCCUUUUGUGUACUGUCUUAGUACAAAAGAAAUUAAAAAUAAGAUCUUUAAGAUUUUCAGAAAGAGAGAGGAGAGGUUGAUUGGCAGUGAGAACCCACUGCCCGGACUGAAGGUGCAGGGAAGCAACCCUCUCGUCUACUGGUGA